CACCAUGACUAGCGGUGACAAGUUGGUGAUCGUGAUCGUUUCUUCGCUGGUUUUGGCAGCAGCCCAAAGGAGCGUCUACCUGAAUGGAGUUCGCGAGGUGAUUGGAGGUUGGAGUAGGCCGUCGAGUGCCCUAGCGGAUCCGGGCAUUGAUCGGGAGACUUGCGAUGGUACGAACAAGCUGACCGUUUGCAACAACUGUACCCACAUUACGGUUUGUGUGGGCAGUCGAACACCGCGGCAGUGCCCGGGAACGCAUCCGUACUGUAACUCGUUGGAGGGAGGAGAUGGUUGUUUGGCGGUUCCGGAUACGAGUUUCAAUGAUUGCGCCUUGUCGCAGGUUGGACUUCGCUGUACUUCGGUUGGGGUGUUCCCGGACCCGUGGAGGUGCGAUCGGUAUCAUCACUGUAUGACGGACUCUGGGACGUCCGAUGUUUACACCUGUCCGCAGGGGUACGUGUUCAACCUGGAUACGGCGCACUGUGUUCAGAGGGUUAAUGGCAGUUGUUCGACGGUGGUGUGUAGUAGAAAGAGUGUGUUGAUUCCGUACGGGGAUAGCAAGCAGUUCUACGCGUAUUGUGACUAUACCGCAGAUCGGAACAAUCCGACGAUCUUGAUGUUCAAGUGUCCCAUUGGAGCGCUGUUCAAUGGAGUCAACUGCGACUUCCAGUGUCCCAGUGAGGGAAAGUUCCCUAACAGUAGUAAUCCUACUCUGUACUACGAGUGUUACCGGGUAGGAAAGAACCGACGACUUGCAAGUCGACUGAUCAAGUGUAGUAACGGAAGCUGGUUCAAUGGUAAGACGUUACGCUGUGAAUCCGGAGCAAUGGAAGCUAACACAACUAUAAAUAUUCAAGGAUCAUAG